ACCGACCGAUCCCGUCACUGAUCAUGCUAGGGAGAACCGCGUUCUGACGCGUUGUAUCGAGCGCUGAGAAGCCCGUGCGUGCACGCGAUAGAUGGACUGGUCAAGCAGCGAUGAAGUCAAAUAGUUUCCAAUUUUUGCUUCCUUCCAAAGAAGAUGGAAGGUGGCCGGCGGAUAAGGUGGUGGUGGUGGCGCUCAUCGGGAAGAGUACCGACCUGGCCGGCGGCGGCAAGGGGCACGCCUUCCGUAACCUGCUGAGCCACUCGGUGUUCGGUCCCCAGCCGGAGCUGGACCUAGGCGAGGAGCAGACACGCGUUGAGGGCUUCUUCUGCGCCCAAGAGAACGUGGUCUAUCUCCACCUGCGCUCCACGCUGGAUACGUCGGUUCUGUGCAGGAUCUGCCGGGACUUGAAAAAUAAAAUUGAUGAAAAUGGAUUCCUCACGUGCUGGUCGGAGCUGCGCUACUCGGCCGCCCGCGCGCUGCUCUUCCUCUUCUCCGUCUCCCACCUGCUAGUGCUCUACCACCCCAGCCACGUGUUCGACCUCAGCUACAUACAGAUGUUCCUCGCCAUCGACGCCUGCAGGCAGAAGCUGCUGCGUCACGUGACGGACACGCUGCGCUCGGUGCCGGGCGUACCGUCCGGCUGGGUGAACCAGGGCCGGCCGUGCCCGCCGCGCGUGCUCUUCUACUUCGCCAGCUGCCCGCCGGCGGUGGCGCGCCAAAAAGCGCGCGCCGGCCGCCCGGCCUCCGAGCAACUGCAGCACAGCCUCGAGGACCAAAUCUACCGGCUGUUGCGCAAAGUGCGCGUCAUAACCAACGCCAGCGCCCAGUCGCUGUUCGCGCUGCCCGGCAACCAGCCGUUCGUGCACGUGGAGAGUGCGGCACCCGCUGGCGACGGCGACCCGCUGCUGGCCCACGUCCGGCUGCUGCAGAGGCUAUGCCACCAGUCAGCCGACCGGAUGCCCCGGUCCCUUCGAGCUGACAUUGGCGGCGUCCCGCUCUCGGCCGUGCUGUGCUAG